UAUAACAGCAGCGCUCAGAGUAUCAAUCAAUCAAACACAGCAACAGCAGGAGCAUCACUACCUUCAAGAACAACCUCUAAGAAGAGUGCUGGAGUUUAGCACUACAUUUUUACAAACUUCUAGACCGCAAAAGAGCUUAACUGGCACUUGAACUCUCUUCGAAUACUGCCUUGGCUUAAGUAGGUAAAGGAAGUCUCUACUCCAGGAUCCACCGAAAGUUCUACUAAAACGAUGGAAGGUGAUUGCAGCAGAGUGACCGUAGACAUGGAGAAUGGCCCUGUGUACCCGUCACCGACCGUGACCCUGGUACGGGAGAAGUCCACACCACAGUGGAGGCUGUGUGGUGCCCUGUUGGCAAUGGCACUGUGUGUCUCAGCUGCACUUUUCAUUACCUGGCAUGCCAAGACACAAGAUCCCAACGAGAAAGCUGAUGGACUUCCGCUUACGUUGAGACAACUCUCUGGAAACAGAAAGACUGCCAUUCAUUUAGAAGGUGAAUACAACGCCAAUGGAGGAUACAAGUCCUCAGUGGAGUGGACAGAUGACGAGGGCCAGGAAUUCUCACAGGGGGGUCUUGAACUCAACAACAACGAAAUUGUGAUUCCCCAGAAGGGCCUAUACUUCAUCUACAGCCAGGUCUCUUUCCACGUCAGCUGCAAGGCCGACCGCAAGCACCCUAACAACCAGGACAUGGUUCACCUGAGUAACACGGUCACGCGCUGGUCCCCAAGCUACGGCACCGAAGACGACAAGGAGUACCAGACGCUGCUCAACUCUGUACGUACCGUGUGUAAGAAGUCUUCCAACAACGAGGCUGCGAGUGAAGGGAAAUGGUAUAAUGCAGUGUAUGUUGGAGCAGUGUUCAGCCUGGAGAAGGGAGACAGGCUCCGGACGGCCACAGAGAACAGGCUUCUGCCCUAUCUGGAGAGUGGCGAUGGGAAGAACUUCUUUGGUGUGUUCGCCUUGUAAGACAGACCAAAAUGGCUGACGACAGAGAGGAAGGCUGUGUCCCAAAUGCCAACCUAUUCCCUAUACUUUUGACAAGAGCUCUACGGGUGAAUUAUAUACAGGGAAUAGGUCCCCAUUUGGGAUGCAGCCACAGUGUGAGAGAAAAUGUAGCUAAUUACAUGAAGAAGAAGAAGAAGAAGAAGAAGAAGAAGAAGAAGAAGAUACGAGAAGGUUACCUGAUAGGAGUCGGGGCCGGUUCAUCUACUGAAGUUGACUGAGGUUAAGGCAUUGUUGUUUUAUGUUAAAGCCAAUGCUUUUAUACUCUUCUGUCAAAGAUGAGGAAUUAUACGCCUGAGUACCAGUCUGUUUGUGCCAUCAUACCACUUCUUGCCUCCCUUUGACAUGCCAAACAUUGGCUUGCAACGACAGCAUGGAGUAGUCAAGAGCACAAACAGAUCUGGGACCAGGCUAGAGGAAUUAUACCAACCUAUGUAAACUGUAGCAGUUUAUAUAUACUUGGGGUUUAUUGUAUAACAGAUGUGUUACCGUGGUGUUACCAUGGCAGCAUCUUUCUAUAAUGUUAAAGUACUAUGUACUGAACUAGUGUUACUCUCAGGACCUGCUGCUGAAUUACCAUCCACAGCACUCAAACCAACCGUGUUAUAUCCUUUUAUCUGAAGGAAUUCUGACGACGAUUCAAUGUAUUUUUAGCAUUUUGAUAUCGGCUGCUACAUCUUAUUGAGAAGUUAAAAUAGUUUCUAAUUGAUUCUGAAUGUCUUCCUCUUUUUUAUUCAUAUAGCUAUUAUUAUUUCUAAUUUAUUUGUUCAUUAUAGUUGUAUUGUUGUCUAUUUAUAUAUUGUUAUUUAAAUGGAAUUUGACCAUAUUUAUUUAAUUUAUUUAAUUUAUUUGAA